CUUCAGUGUUGCCUGCAGACACUCAUCAUUGUAUUGCUCUCCAGCCCUUCGCUGAACAAACUGCCUUCUGCUACAGCUAUAUUUUUUAAAUUUUGACGUCUCGUUUCAAUGUCAGAGGUAUAGCUUUUUGGCUGCAAGUCUCGCAUGAAGACCACUUUGAGCCAGACUUCUCCAGACAGUUGAUGGGUGUACCUGGGUCCCACUGGUUUUGCUGCAUUGAUGGCCUCCAUACUUCUUAAAUGGAAGAAUAAACUUAGUCUUAGUCUCAUAAAACCAAGAUUGAACUGUUUGGCCUCAAUUCUAAGCCAUGUCUGGAGGAAACCAGGCACUGCUCAUCACCUUCCCAUUACCGUCCCAGUGGUGAAGCAUGGUGGUGCAGAAAGACAGCUUUGAGGCUGUGUUUCAGCGGCAGGGACUGGGCGACUGGUCAGGGUUGAGGGAAAGCUGAACAGAGCAAAGUACAGAGAUAUCCCACACAUCUAGCCUGAGUCUUCAAGUUCCCAGAAGUUAGCACUUAGUAUCACAAAGCCCUCAACAAAUUAGGAUCUGUUCAGGUACAGACUGAAAAUCUGGAUAGGUGUAUGACAUCAUGAUGUGAAGAGGAGGGAAGAACUUCAAGUUGUUCAUGGGUGAGGGUGGAUGUGUGGAUGCUGUUUGGUGCUAAGCAGGUAGUGUACAGUGGCUUUAUCAGACCUUUUUUCACUGGAAAUGACUGCUCUAAAUGUGGUGUGAUACUAAAAUCACUGGCUUGAACACUUUGAAGAGCUGAGGGAACAUCUAAGGACAUUUCAUAUUUCAAACAUGUAGUCAUCUGACUCCCUGUUCAUGUAAGAAUAUUGACUAGUGGAACUUUAACAUGUGAGAUGUCUACUUUUGAAUGAAUUGUCCUUUUAGUAGGUGAACUUCUUGCCUAGUGCAGGAUGGACUUGGAUCCCAACCUGUCUUCCUACCUGUACUUAGUCAAUCAUUAAUUUCUCUUGUCAGACAGGGAUUAUUUAAGUCAACACGGAAACGACAGGACAGGAGCCUGUGGAAACAGUUUCAAACAUCACGGCUUCUCAUCCCAGAUCCAGGGAGGUUACAAGGUUACUUUGGUGCCGUGCCAUUAGUUGGAAGAAGUAGAUUUUUGUAGUUGACUGUGUAAAAACUACUCCUAUGUCUAUGUGUGUUUGUUGUGUCACAAGUGGACAGAGUGGAAAGUAAAGUUAUAUACAGAAUGGGCAGAGGGGCCAACUGCAGCUGGAUUGGGCCUGAGAUCCCCUUGUCAUCACAAAUCUUCAGUGCCAUUAAAGAUGAGCUGUGGCUCUUUCUCAUCCCUGCUGGUCUGGCUGUCAUUCUACUGGGACUGUUUCUGGAGGAGAUGGGCUUCUUCCUGCGCCACAUCCCCUCAUCCAGACGAAAAAAGCUGUACCUUUGGAUACUAGGAAUGUACCCGGUGUUUGCCCUGAUGUCCCUUUUAGCGCUGUAUGUGCCACGCUCUUCCUCGCUGUGUAACUUCAUUGCUUCUCUGUAUCACUCCAUCACCUUGCUGAAAUUCAUGGGGCUGAUCACAGAUUUCUUUGGAGGGAAAGCCCGUAUGCUGGCUGCUUUAUCUGGACAGCAGGUGUCUCCAGAUCCUUUCCCUUUUUGCUGCUGCUGCUGUCUCCCAAUGGUAGCCAUCAACAGAAACAGCCGUGUCUGCAUGAUGGCCGCUGUGCUGCAGCUCUCUGUUGUCCGCAGCAUCUUGUUCUUUGUCACUCUUGUCUUGUGGACAGAUGAACAGUAUGACUACGGUGAUGUGGACUCAGUCAACCCCAACCUGUAUGUGAAUGGUAUCAUUUGUGUUUCAACCUUCGUGUCCUUCUAUGGUCACCUUCUGUUUUACAAAGCCACCAAGAGUGCACUACAUGGCUAUGGACUGAGGGCCAAGUUCAUCUGCAUCAUUGUAGUGUUGGUGCUGUGUGGCCUGCAGAGUGGCAUCUUAGAGACUAUGGGUGCUCUGGAGGUGAUCCCCUGCACACCACCCUUCUCUGUUCUGACCAGGUCCCAGUUGAUCUACCACUACUGUGUGAUUGUGGAGAUGUUCUGCAUUGGCCUGUAUGCCCGUCACACUUUCCGGAAGGUGGAGCCAAGCACAGCGGAGGAUGUAGAGGUUCCUGUCGGUGACUGGCAGGUGGAGAAAGCUGUUCAAACUGAAGACGCUCAGAUGACGCAACACAAGCCCAGCCUGCUAUCACAGGAGGCUUUGUCUAACCACCAGCUUGUCAGUGCCUCCAACCCCAGCCACUGCAGUAACAGUGAGGACAGCCUGUGCAGGAUAGAGCAUGCACCUCUGGAUGGUUUCCCCUUCCCUCAGGUCAGAGGUCAGCAGUCAGGCAGGCCAAAACUAAUGGAGCGUAGUUCUGCAGAGGAACGGUGUGUAGAUCUGACCCACGUUACUGUCAAGGCUGAUAUUAACUACCAGGACUCUGAGGAUGUCACUGUGGUUUGACCAUCUAUGGAAGACCUUUAACAAAAGACUAAAUACAGUGUAAGUUUAAGUUUAACAGCUGACUUGGUUCAGUGUUGGGCCCUAAGGACAUGUCUGGAGAACUGCACACUCUAUGCCCUGUUAAAGUGGCACAGUAUUGAAUCUCCCUGCUACAAGCUGCCACAGAACGAGGAAAUAUUCAUCAUUGUGAAAGUCAUGGGAAAUGUUGGUGCUUAAUAGGUGUUGAGACUGUACCAUACACAAUGACAGAUUGUGGAAAAACAUGAUGAACAUAUGAGAACAUAGAACGGAUAAGGAUUUUAAAGGCCCCUGAAAUCCUGUGCCACUAUUUACAGGCUCAUUGUAUACCUGCAGCACUGCAUCUCCUUGAUCCACUGAGGCUUUGCUUGUACCCUUAGUUAUACAUGGCUUUAGACAAAAGUGUCACCAAAAUAAUGAAAUAAUUCUUUUUUCCAAGCAUGAACAGUUUUUAUAUUACAUUUAAAUAAUCAGUAUGUGAUUUCUGCCACUAGAGGCCUCUCAUUCAAAACAAAUCAAAAGACAUGUGGCAUGGGAUCAUGGGAGUUUCUAGUUUUCUUCAUCGUGAAAACAACCAUCAUUACUGAUCGCAUAAAAGUUCACAAAUGAGGUCAUUUGUAAAAUUGUAUUCACCCUAUGUUAAGACUGGCUCUUGGAGUUCCUUCCUCACUUUCUGACUCUUUACUGGAGGUUAGAGAGACUUAUAGUGAUAACAUGUUUUUAUAGUGAGCAUUACCAUAGUCAUCAACAGUAAAGUUUACAAAUUUAUUUUUAAAAUUUAAAUUAAAAUCAGAACAGUUUGCAGCAGGAAUCCGCCUGUAAACACGGACUAGAGUCUAGAUGAAUCCCAAUGCAUGGCUUGAUGAUGUUUAAUGUCCCUGACAACCUAUGUAGUCUCAUUCAGCCACUUGUUAGCCAGUGUUGGGCAAGUUAUUUUAUAAAAUGCAAUUUUACCAGUUGCCUUAAUUAAUAAUAUAUUAAUAGUUAAUAAUAUAUUACAUUACAAUAUAACUGUCUGCGCAGUAUAAUAUAUUACUUAUUACACUCAAAAUCUGAUAUAUUAUGAGAUAGGAAUAAAUAUUUUUAAGUGUAGUCUCUGUCAUAUUAAAUACAACAGACCUAUACCAUCUAUAAUGUAGCCUAUGAUGACUUGAUGAGACAGAAAUCUCUUUUUCUUUGCCGUUUUCUUUUAGUCCAGAGGAAUACAUGGACAUAUAUCAUUAAAGAAUGUAAAUUAAAGAGGAUUAGGCUUCAUCAUUAGGCUGAUUUCAGUCACAAAGAGACUGAACAAAUGCUUAUAGUCUUGGCUAUAUUAAACACACAGAGCCUAUAUAAAUAUGGUCAUGUUGUUGUGGAUGAGUUCUCAAAAAAACAACAAUGCUUCACUGCAGUUGCUAAGGUGAAUUGUAACGUAUAACAUGACAUAACUGUAGUAAUAUAUUACUUAAAUAUUAUUGGUAACCUGUUAUAUUACUCUGUUACCGUUAAAAGAAAUAUUUUAACCUCAAACUCUGUAACAGAAACU